AUGUCCACAAUCCUUCCUGUAAAGAACGAGGAAUAUGGUACAAAAGAUUAUUGGGAUCAGAGAUACACUGAAGAGCAAAACAAUGACUCUUUUGACUGGUUCAAAUCAUAUGCCGACCUUGCUCACCUCCUUCGUGAACUGAUUCCAAACAAAUCCUCAAGGAUUCUCAUGCUUGGAUGCGGAAACUCUAGACUUUCAGAGGAUAUGUGGGAAGACGGCUACUGCAAUAUUGUGAAUGUCGAUUAUUCAGGCGUUCUCAUUGAGCAAAUGAAAAAAAGGCAUAGUACCAUACGUCCAGAGAUGGAAUGGCAUGAAAUGGACGUUCGGAAUCUGAUUUUCGAGGAUGGGUCAUUCGACGUUGCAAUUGAUAAAGGAACCAUGGAUGCUAUGAUGACUGCCAAAGGAGAUGUCUGGGACCCCCCUCAGCAAGUUAUUGAAGAUUGUAAUAAAGAGGUAGAUGAAACACUGAGAGUUCUGAAUAACAGCGGGGUCUUCAUCUACUUAACCUUUGGGCAACCUCACUUUCGCCGGCGUUACUUACAGAGAGAAGGGACAUAUUUGUCAAUCAAGGAGUUGGGGGAAGCAUUCCAUUACUAUCUAUACAUUCUGCGAAAAAAUAAUCUUCCCUGA